AUGCCCACUGAAGAGCCCGAACCACCAGAUGGCGCGAGGAACGGACUCUCUGUGCUGGGCGUUCUACCACGCCUUAGCGAGAACUACGCCGUGCCCAUCGCUCAGCCGCCGCCUCGCGAGCCGUCACCAGAAGUUGUGGUAGGAACGGUUUAUCCGUUCGAGCCUCCUGACUCGCCCACGGCGUGGGAACCACAUCCAGACAUUGAAUUAGUUCCCGGCGGCGGCGAGGGCUCGUCAAAGCCGCCCACUGCUUCGCCGUCUACUGUCAGCACCGCGCCCGUGAAGCGACCGCGUGUGGGAACAACGUACAAGCAGCAGACGCUCUGGGGCGCCCCUCCUCCCCGAAACGCUACUCCCCACAAGCGCUCUGCUCCUUCUGCCGAUCCGAAGCCACCCUCCGCUCUGGCGGAUGCUGAGUAUGAGUCGGUCAAGAAGACCUUUGAGGGUCAGUGGGCAGGUAGCUUCAAGUGGUUGCGUUUACUGCGCAUGUCUAACGGCCGUCCGUCUCUGAAGUGUGCUAUUUGUGUGAAGCAUGGAGACCCACAAGCGCACACCGCUUACGGGCCGAGGGGUGAGGGAGCGCGGGAUCUCCAGAUUGGCAGCAUCCGCACUCACACCUCAUCCCGUGCACACAAGCAGGCGUUGGAGAACCAAGAGAAGGUGGAGGCGGAGAAGGCGAAGCAGGCUUCUAUCACUCGCUGGCAGGCAACAGACGCAUCCAGUCGUCACAUCAUUCGGCUCCUCCACAUCGCGCAUUUUGUAUGUAAGGCCGACGCCCCCAUAGCGAUGUUCGUCCCGCUGUGUUGGUUUCUGGCGAAGGAGGGGUUACCAGACCUUCCGCCCGCUGGUGGCUACGGCGCGUACUACACUGAGUCAGUGGUGGACAUCACCCUUGUUGCGCACAUCGUGCAGCAGACAAGGCUGCGUCUGAAGACGCGGUAUUCCCUCCGCGACCCUACACAACAUUUCGGCAGCGGGGAGAAGAUGCAGCUUCCCGAGUUCAUCAAGAGUCACGGAAAAACGGACAAGCGCGAGAUGAAGGCGGAGGGCGUAGACGGGGACGGGAAUCCCGUGACGUUUGAGUUCACGCUGCACGAGUGCCCGCUGCCUGGACACGAGACGGGAGGCGAUGUUACGGCGUGCGUCGAGUUGGCGAUCAAGUACGCGCGCGCCAUUGACAAGGAGCUGGAGUGGCGCAUGCGAGACCUGGAGCUUCUGGAAGGCUCGAAGCUUUUCCGCACAGCCUCGUACGUGUCCGACGACACGAAGCGGGUGGAAACCUUCAAGAAGUGGCUCGGGCAGCUGCACAAGCUGUACCACCACAGGCUGCCUGGUAAGCCUGCCGUUGCGCUUGCACAUGUUAUCAUGGAGAUGCUCCGCCGCAUGGAUGCACAUCGCAGGGACGUGCAGCAGCCUCCAGUGCUCGACGUCGCCCUUGCCGAAACAGCACGUCGCUCAGUCACUUCGCAGGUUGCCGACAAAUCGACAGGUGCCCCACCUGCCGUGCCUCUAGUCGCCGCCCCACCGCCCGCGGAACCCAAAUCCGCGUUUCUUCGCGCCCAUUUAGGCGCACGCAAAGCGGGAGCUCCACAAGUGACUCAGCCGGAACCCGGCAAAAGCGCGACGCCGACGUCGGUAAACGCGACUUCACCCACACCAGGUGCAGCUGUGGUCGAUGCUGCGGCGGAGAAGGGUGUGAGCGCGGCGCUAUCCACCGGCUUCGGAGCCGACAGGCAUGCCGACCUCGCUGCCGUUCUGGCUCAAUAUGAAGCAGCAAAACGCCCCGAGCAUGCCCCAGCACUGGCCAUCAUGGACACGGCACAUGCGGAGCCGUCGGGGACCCACGGAGGGGGUUCGGCGGAGCCGACGGCCGCAACGGCUGCUGUCGCCGAAGGAAAUGCGGGACGGAAAGGGAAGGACGACAACGGGAAAGGGAAGGCGGUCUCUCAGAGGAGCACGCGGGCGAUGUCGGCGGGGAAUGAGAUGUCGGAAGAGAAAGGGAAGAAGCCGGCACGGAAUCAGGACAAGAGGGGCGGCAAACAUAAGCCGGCGAAGAGGAAGGCGAAGGCGGAAGAGGAGGAGGAGGAGGAGGAGGAGGAGGAGGAGGAGGAGGAGGAGGAGGAGGAGGAGGAGGAGGAGGAGGGGGAGGAGGAGGAAGAGCAUGGACGCCAGGGUCAUGGCAUCCGUCGAGACAGGUAUGGCGACGGGCUUGGGUGGGUGGGCGAGAUCAAGAUCAAGGGCCAGAAUCGGUUCGACGAUAUACUCGGCAGGUACCGUGGGUACGCGAGCUCGGGUGAUGCGCUUCAUGACGUGCUCUGGCCGGCGAUGUGGUUCCCCAUCAUCGAGGACACGGAGGAAGGCAGGGCGGAGACAACCGCUCUCUUGUCGGCGAUGGUAAAUCACGUGUCGAUGUGCGCAGCGUAUGGGAAGGUUGCGGCGAGCGUGGCGUUUGGGAAAGUCGACGCGAGCGCGGAGGGGAAGGCGGGUGAGAACGCGGAGAUGGAAGGCGCGGAGGGGAAGGCGGACGAGAAGACGGAGAUGGGGGCCCAGGCGUUAGCGGCAUCUGCAUGCGCCCUCUGGUGCUACAUGUCGACGGGUGCGUCGGUGCUCGGUGCUGUGGGCGAAGGGAAGGUAGCCGCGAUGGUGGCAGGUGCAGGGGAGGAGAGGGCCGAGCGCUUCAAGAAGGUCAUGCACUUGGCUAUCGACUUUGCAAAAAGUCGUAAGGCUCCCGCGGGGGAGGUUGCACAUAACGUCGCGCCAGAGCUGCAGCGCUAUGGAGUGGCCAGGGCCUUCGAGGCGGGAAUUGAGGAAGUCGAGGCCGACAUGAUCGCAAGAGCGACGGUCGAGACCUUGGCGUUCUGGGGAAUGUGCCCCGUCGCCGGGCCCAAGCUCAAAGCGGAGGGCAUCGAUGUGCCGUGUGACGCGAAGAUGGAGUACGAUUUGGAGCACAGGGGGAGGAAGGGUGAGAAGGUCAAGCAGGGCAAGGGCAGCAAGAGGAAGAAGACGAAGGCGGAGAAGCAGGCGAAGGACAGUACGGAUGCGUAG